UCCUCCAGCUUCUCCUUCACCUCCUCCUCCCCAUCCUCCUCCUCCAGCUCCUCCUCCAGCUCCUCCUCCUCCUCCUCCACCUCCUCCUCCUCAAUCUCCUCCACAUCCUCCCCAUCCUCCUCAUCCCCAUCCUCCUCCUCCAUCUUCUCCUUCACCUCCUCCCCAUCCUCCUCCAGCUCCUCCACCUCCUCCUCCUCCCCAUCCUCCUCCUCCUCCAGCUCCACUUCCUUCCCAUCCUUCUCCUCCUCCUCAACCUCCUCAUCCCGAUCCUCCUCCACCUCCUCCACCUCCUCCCCAUCCUCCUCCUCCUCCCCAUCCUCCUCCCCACCCUCCUCCUCCCCAUCCUCUUGCUCCUCAACCUCCUCAAUCUCCUCCUCAAUCUCCUCCUCCACCUCAUCCACCUGCUCCCCAUCCUCCACCUCAUCCACCUGCUCCCCAUCCUCCCCAUCCUCCUCCACCUCCUCCUCCUCCUCCUCCCCAUCCUCCCCAUCCUCUUGCUCCUCAACCUCCUCAACCUCCUCCUCAAUCUCCUCCUCCACCUCAUCCACCUGCUCCCCAUCCUCCCUAUCCUCCACCUCCUCCUCCACCUCCUCCUCCACCUCAUCCACCUGCUCCCCAUCCUCCCCAUCCUCCUCCACCUCCUCCUCCUCCCCAUCCUCCCCAUUAUCCUGCUCCUCAACCUCCUCCUCCACCUCCUCCUCCACCUUAUCCACCUACUCCGAGUCCCUCGCCAUCGGCCUCCCCUCCCCCACCCUCCCCUCGCCAUCGGCCUCCCCUCCCACACCCUCCCCUCGCCAUCGGCCUCCCCUCUCACACCCUCCCUUCCCCCACAACGCCACGGGCUAG